AUGAACUUCCAAGGAUCCUGGUGAAACAUAAAAAGUCUUCCUCCUUUAGACAUUAUUUUGGUUCACCCACGAUGACGGAUGACGAUUCAGACGAGCCGAUCGGACGUCGUGGGCCGUCCUCUCGUUCGCGUUCUUCGAGAAGUUCAGGUGGAGGCGGAACAAGCAGUCGAAAAAAAGCAUCGACCUCAAACAGGUCAAAGGCCAAACGGAAAAUCAUUUCUUCUGAUGAGGAAAAUGAUGAACAUGCGGCACCCGUUCGGUCGUCAGGCGGACUCAAUUCGCCAUCGGUUGAUAGUAAAGAUCGGUCACGACAAGAAAAGGGUAAAUUAAAAGAUUCAAAGAUCCCUUUCGAUGGUGAGGUUAAUAUGGACGUCCGCAAUCCUCCCGAACCUCCGUCGUUAUCGCCAAUUCUCGGUUCAUCAUUGGACGGCGUAGGGGCUUCCUUCAGUCCGGUACUCUCCAAGGGCCCACCGUCUCCGCGACAUCAGCAACAGAGCCUCUGCUGGAAGCAUCGGGUGAAUUUAAUCGGUGAAAAGGUUGUGGAUCCAAUGAUACACAUUUGUGAUAAAUGUCACCUGCCGAUCCUCACCUAUGCACGAAUGAUUCCUUGCAAGCAUGUGUUCUGUCUGGAGUGUGGACGAGCAGCCGAAAAAAUCUGCUAUAAGUGUGGGGAUAAGGUAACCCGUGUAGAGCAGACAACACUCGGUAAAGUGUUUAUGUGUACCCACCAGCAAGGAAAAACGCGCGAGCCUUGCAAACGGACAUAUCUUAGCCAGAGGGAUUUGCAGGCGCAUAUCGCCCACCGUCACAUCAAGGCCAAGGAAAAGGAAAAGCCACAAUUACCCGUUCCCAUCGUCUCCCGCGAUCCGCGUCACAUGCCGCAUCGAAGUCACGCGCAGAUGGUCGCUGCGGGGGCUGCAAACCAUCAGGUCGCAGGUGUAGCUAGCCACACAACAACGGUGGCGCAAACAGCAGCCGCCAUUGCGGCCGCUCAGGCUGCAGCGGCUGCAGCAUCACUUUCGUGUGCAGGCGCCUCGCUUGUCUCCGCAGGGACGACUUUAGGUUCGAAAGUAACCGCUUCCCCAUAUGGAGCCAAUCCUGCUGGAGCUACACCAUCGCUCGCUGCGCCCCCACUUCCUGCGAUUGCACCAAACGUACUACCUCCAGUUCCGUCAGCAGCUUCACCUUAUCUAACGCCGCCACCGUCAGUCUACGCUCCCCAAAUGGUCCCUCCUCCGUCGGCUGUUUAUGCGGCACCUUCGGCCCACGCCCAGUACCCGCCCGUUGGGGUCCCCGUUGGCGUUGGUCCCGUUCCUCCACCACCGCCGCCUCCGGCUGUGCCCACAUUUGUUCAUGCCCCGCCUCCGCCACCUCCCACUGCCUACGCGGCACCGCCACCAACGCCAUACGAUGAUUACGGGCGAGCGGCAGCCGCGGCAAGCAUGUCUCAUAACCACGGUCAUUCGGCCCACAGUAGUCACACCACCCAUGCUACCCACGCGAGUCACGCCCAUCAGCCGCCUCCGCCCCAUUCGGGCCACUCCUCGAGAGCGCCUCCGCCCCCGUGGCAGCAAAGACCGCCCCCGCCACCUCAGCCACCUACUCAUCGUGACUAUCGUGCUCCGCCUACAGGAACCCAACAACAGCACUACUACAGAUAAUAGAGAUAGCAUGGAGUAGGAAAAAGGAAGCAUGAAAGAAUUUAUAAUGUCAAGUUGAACACAGUGAUGCUGUGAACAGAAUAGUUUACACCAACACAAUUCAAACGUAAUUGUAUAAUAGAGAAAAUGUAUCUUCUCUAAGUGUAAGAACGUGUUUGCGUUGAUCAUUUUAGUAGUUACUACUACUAUUGAUUUACUCGGUUGAUUUACUGUAUACAGUAGAAUCUAGUAGAGUACAAUUGUUAGGUUGACAAGAAAAUUGGUUUCUUUCUGUUUAUAUAUAGGCUAUACUUCAUCUGAUAGCACAGUGCUCAUCCUUUCCGCGAUUGUUCUACGACAUGACUCAAUUUAAAAUGUUGCAUGCAUCCUCCUUGAAAUAAACAUAACAAUAUGUAAGUGGUAAAAAGUAAGUAAAGAAGAGAAGGCGUUGCUUUAGCGACGGUCAGGAACACAACAUAACAUAAUAAUAAAUCUAUAGAAAAUAUCAACUCUCUCUGUUUUUUAUGUCAGAAACGCAAACAAAACUGCAGGCGAUCAAGCAGCUGGAUUUAAAGCCCGAAAUUAAAAUCUACGAGGCAUAAUCACACACAUAAAUGCUAACUAAUAUAGGUUUGUUUUGUAUAUGCUAUUUAGCUGUUGAGGUAGUAAAUAGCAAAGUUUCAUUUUUGUUUUAUAUUAUCUUAUUUUUUGUGAAUAUAUACCUAAACAAUUAAAAGAGUAUUAUGUGGAUUUAUGUAUGCUUGAACAGUGUCUAUGUGCGUUACAUUGUAUAAAGGCGUAUAGUUGGUAAGUAAAAUAGAAAUGGUGAAAACUAAUAAAAUACCUAAUAACAUUAAUUAAUAAAAAAAAC